UGUGUGUGUGUGUGUGUGUGUAUAAAUGUAAAGGGUGUGCAGGAAAAAAUUCCUUUAACAAACUAAAUAAAUAUCUGAAUAUCUACAGUGACAAGCUAACAUGUUCAUUCUUUGAUUAGAGAUCAUAAUUCCUAUUUAAGUCCACUAGAUCAAAGUUGAAAAUGGUGAUUUACAAGAAAGAUACUGUACAGAGAUUUUACAUUUCACAGAAGGGGAGCUAGGGUAUUAUGUUAGCUAAACUUGGAGAUAGCUCUUGGAAACCACUUCAUCUUAGAGUGAAGUAUUUUAUAUAGAAACAGAGUUUCAAAAAUCCUCUUGUGGCUGCUCUCAUUUGUUGCAAUGAUAAAUGCAAAAUAUAGAGGUAGGUAUUUGGGCACGUGAUUAUGAAGGAAAAUUAGCAUGUAAUCUAUUAAGACAGUUUUGAGGCUUAAACUAUAUGACUAGAGCUACUGAUGUAGUGAUUCCACUUCAGUGUUGUUAUUCUCCUGAAAGUAAAGUCACUCCUGAAAAUUGACAUUGUCCGUAGAAAAAUUAAUUCAUUAAUCUUAAAGAGAGAUAUUUUAAUAUUCACUUAGUUACAUGGUUUUAAAGAGGCUUCGUGGAAUAACUCAAAUUCAUAAACUCUUUUGCCUAAUUAUUAUGGUUUAUUUUUAUAUUCUAAUGCUUCUUAGAUUUGUACGUUAUUUGCAUUAGGUUUUAAGAGGAAGUCAUUUGAAUGCAGUCCAGACUAUUCCAUUUAAAAGCAUAAUAUACCAUAUAUUUUGAAACUUUAUUUAAUGCAAUCAUAAAUACUUUAAGUUUUAUUAACUUAUUAGCAUUCCCACUGACUAUAUUCUGUUUUGCUUUAUCCACUCAAGUGCUUUCAAAAUAUUUUAGCAUUUUUCUUUUUAUCUCCUACAGCUGGAUUUUGCUAUUUCACUUUUAUUUCAUAUGCAGCUUGAAUGAAUAUGAGCAUCAGCACAGCAAAAUGGUCCCAACCAACAGAACGCCAUCUCCCAGGGCUCUGCAUGGAACACAUCUAUAUGUCUGGCCCUACAAAUGGCAAAUGGUAAUUCCCUUUGGUUCUAGCUCUUAAUUAGUUGCUUUCACUAUUUCUAAAUAUACCUGUGGCUAAAUUUGUAUUGAAACACUCAAAAGUACUACGUCUCAGCCUAGACAAUUCCCAAGAGUCUAAUUUGGUUCUGAACUUCCGUCAACCUGUGUGCCUUGUUAGUUCUCUCCAGCAGUUAGCGAGUAAGGAAAUGACCCUUCAAUUUCCUCUUCUUUGCCCUUUGACCUCUAAGGAAACUUAAUUUUUCUAAAUGUUUCCAUGUCAUCAAGGGCUUAAUAUUUUAUGGAUUUUACAAAAGUAUAUAAGGAAUGAGAAAGAGAUUCUGUGAUUUUUUUACACCCUGAAAAUUCAUUUUGAUUGUAUACAUUCCAGAAAUACACUGGAUUGGAUGCUAGAGUGAAGAAAGCCUUUCAUACAAUUCUCCUAAUCCAUUUUUUUCUUCAUUCAUGCAUUUAAUAAAUAUUUAUUGAGUGUUUGCUUCCUAGGUGUCAGUUUCUAUGCUGUGUGCUGUGGGGGUACAGAGAUACAGUGGACAGAAUCUCUACCCUACUUACCCCACCCCCUUCACUCUUCACCUUCACCCCUCUCACCCUGCUCCUCCCACAAGGAGCUCAGUGCUAAUAAAGGAAAACUACCUGAAUGACAAUCACCCAGAGUAAGCAAUGGGAACAGUAUUUCAAUGGAAGGGGUUAAGUUUUUAAAGGUGAUUCUGUGCAGUGAAGUAUAAAGCUGAUAAAAUCAUAAAAUAUUAGCUACAAUGUAACCACUAAAAUCUCUUUAGGGUUACAAAGCUAAAAAGGAAAAAUAAAUAAAUAAAAUAAAAUAAAACAAGUUUCUGGAGAACAGGGCCCAAUAUUAUGGCCUAAAGAUAGCUAUAUAUUUGUGCUGUCUAAAGAUCUACUUUGUAAAGAUAACUAACGAGAUUGUAAAUAUAAAAUCACAAAUGUACUUAAAUUUUCUGAAAUAUCCAUGCUUUAGAGGCAAUAUUUACUUUAUAUUUCUGUGGCUUAAAAGAUAAUAUUUUGGCUUAAGUGUCUUUUUACCAAUACAGUGACAAGACACCUUAAUCCUGAGAGAAAAUUAAGUACUGUAUAUAGAUGUACUUUGCUUCUCACAAUGGUUGUGCAAAAAGUCACGUGUAAAUUGAAGUUUUGUAAAUCAAAUCGUAUUUUAAAUGCAUUAAGGAAGCUGUCAUUUAGAGCAAACUUAUGAAUCCUUUUAUAAAGCAGAAAACCAUUUUAUAAUACAAAUAAUCAUUCUCUAAUUUGUCUGUUUUGUAUGUUUGGAUUUUCAAUAUCGACUUUGCUUAAAACAGAGACCACCUGCAUAAUAACAGUGUGUUUUGCCAGUGCUGCUUGUGCUACCAGUUUCUUGAUUGCUAAGGGCUUAUACUUGAAAGUCUGCCGCAGUUUUGUGUGAAUUGAGCAAUCGAGUGCUUCUAUGAUGGCACAGUAGCAUUCCUGAACAGUGCCAGCAGCAAACCCAUUUCAAUUCAAUUGAACACAAGACUCUUCUGCUAAGCAGCAUCUCUCUCAGAUGUGGCCAUGUUUUAUCAGAGGGUAGAGUGACUCCUGUAUUCACGUUCUAUAAAGUGCUUAGAGUCACAGGUUUUAUAAUAAAUAUGUUGUUAUGUAAAUAUAUUAAAUUGCAUGUGUGUUGUAAUUUUUAGCAGUAUUUUAGCUUGAAAAUACUUGUAUAAAUACUGUUAGAUUUAGUUGCAAAUAAUUGUUCUCAAGUUAUUGGAAUAAACAGCAAAUGAAACAA